AUGCCCGAGAGUUCGCGUACGAGGGCCUUCUUCGUGCUGCUGAAGAACCUGGUGCUGGCAGCUGGAGUCUAUGCCAUACUCUAUGGAAUCAUAACCCUAGUGAGCGACCCCACCGUGGGCGCCAAAGGGAAACUCGGCAUUCCAGCCUUCCUCGACAAGACGGGGCCCACUGAGCUGAUCAAGACAACAAAGUCAGGAGUCCAGGUCAAGUUUGCCAGUUCCACCAAGACCGUCACCAUCAACCCCCACGCCAACGUCUUCAACCGCCCCGUCAGCGCCGUCGAGGCCAAGGACGACUACAUGGGACCACGCCCUCACGUCGACACCGAGGCCGACCUGCACAUGCUGGUCGAGGAAUGCAGAGGCACAUACACGGGCAUCGAGAAGAUGCGCAAUGUCUUCGACUGCCUGCAGUUCUUUGCAAACGACGAGGCCCGCUACUACAGCCUCCCAGAGCCCGCUGACCGCGCGAGUGCUCAGGAUCCCCGCCAAGCAGAAUACGUGGAUGCCGACGGCCAUGGCAGAACCUUGACCAAGUACGUCUCCCUGGAGCAAGCGAAGCCAGCCAAUGGCUCAAAAAUUGGCACUUGCCCUGGUCCCAUUGUCCCUUACCAUGUCUACUGGACCGGUCCUGCUACUUGGCGUGUCGAAGUCUUCAUCAAGAGCUAUCUCUACACUCAGAACCUGGCCUGCUCACGACUCUGGCUCUGGCUUGACAGUGACCGAAAUCCGCACGCGGUGGAUGACAUGCUCAACAAGGAUGCCUUGUUCGCCAGAUUCCUGCCAUUCGUCGAGCGCGGUGACGUAGUGCUCAAAGCCUGGAAGUUUCCCUCGAGAAUCCCGCUUCCCAAGGAUGAGGACAACAGGAACGGCUACGGCUAUUACAGUACUCCCGGGAGACCAAAUGCCCAGGGCGAGAAAGUCGUUGCCGAAAACAUCGUCGAGGACAAGGAUGGACAACAGUGGCUUGUGUUGACUCCAAAACAAAUGACGUUCUUGCCCGUGGCUGUGUCAGAUGCGGUUCGAUUCGUCGUCUUGCACAUUCACGGCGGGGCUUACUUUGACAUGGAUGUGCUGAUGCUCAGAGACAUGCGCCCUCUUCUCCUCCCCAAAGAGCAUGCCUUUGCUGAGCGCUGGGCUGCCCACCCACAUCCUGGAGACUACAACACCGCCAUCAUGUCACUCACAGCCAACUCCUCCAUCUCAGCUUACAUGCUGUACGGUGGAAUUCGCAUGGGUCUAAACUUCCAUCCGCGAGUAUUGGGCCGCAUGGCCUGGAAGGAAAACCGUGACCAGGAGUUUCUGAUGCUUGAAACCGCCGCGUUUGAUCCCAUCUGGACUGAGUUUAACUGGGACCGCGAAGGGCGGUGCACUGUUCCGUGUCUGCGGGAUUACGGUGCUGCUUUCAGAGGUCGAGAAGGAGCACUCAAGGACGAAUGGGAGAGCUACGAUGGACCCCAGUUGAAGGUAGUUAAUUUCAAGGAGGCGCAGUCAAACGAGCUGCGCAAGCGAGGUCGCGAAGACGACGAGAAUGUGCCUGCUUCAGCCUCGGCACCGUCUAAACCCGAGCACGUGGACUCCUUCCAAGCGACUCUGGAUGAAGAGGUGGAGUUGCGCCAUGCUGGUGUUGUCGCAGACUACGUACUGGCUGAGGACAAAUUCCCUCCCAACAACCGCACCCUCGAGAAUUUCUUCCGUGGCGCUUGGACGUACCACAUCCACAACCAGUGGCUCAAACACCCCGAACCCUCUUCCUGGCUGUCAGUUCUCGAGCAAGCACAGGAUGGUUUCUUCGCUGGCGAACGCGUAAAUCUCUACGGCGAAAAAUGGACCGGGCCCAGUUUGAUGCCAUACAACUACUGGCCUGAGUACGUGUGA